AUGAUUCUCACCUUAAAGGCUAUGGGGCUUCAAAGAUGUGUUUUCCUAGGGCCACCGAAGCUGCAAAACUACUUGAAAGCGAUUCGACUCUUUCCUGGGCCCCUAAAAAGGAUGGAUUUGGCUGUGCAGUUGCACACAGAACCUGAGUAUAAGGAUGAGACGAUGACAGUCUACCAGGUACCUCUUACAGAUGAUGAACAGAAGUGUGCAAGCAGGCAUCCCGAUCUGGUGAUGGCUUUCCUUUGUAAAAUUCACCCAAAGAAGGGAAAGUUCCUCGCAGCUAAAGCCCAGGAGAUGGGCCUGCCAGUGGGAACUCCAGCCAUUCUUCCCAUAAUUACAGCUCUCAAAAAUGGAGAAAGCAUCACCUUUGAGGGCAGAGAGCUCUUUCCUGAAGAACUGUGCACCCCUACUGACCCUGGCCCGGUGUUCAUUGUGCUGGAGUGUCCUCACGAGGGCUUUGUGGAUGCUGUCUGUGGAAACGAGACCUUCCGAAGGUAUCAGGAAGGACACUCUGAGAACCAGGUGGCCUUGGUUAUUCACAUGACUCCAGAGUCAGUGCUUCGAGACAGCCGCUACCAGCAGUGGCUGGAAAGAUUUGGACCUGGAACUCAGCACUUGGUGCUCAAUGAGAACUCCUCCACAGUGCACAACCCACGCAGCUACAAGAUCCAAACCCAGCUGAACCUCAUCCACCCCGAGAUCUUCCCUCUGCUUACCACCUACCAGAGCAAGGAAGAAGAGGCUGUGUGUAGCGUGCCUGUUGUGCGAGGAGAGUGCCUCCUGAAAUACCACUUCAGACCCCAACAGGAGUGGCAGAGAGAUGCUGUGACUGUCUGUGACCAUGACGCGUUUGUCAGUGAAGCCUUGGAUCUCCCUGACUUCCAGACUCGUGUGAAGGAAUGCAAAGAGAGCCUGCCUGUUGACAAAUCCUUUUCUCCAGGAAAUGUGGAUGCUUAUCCUGAAAUUGUGUUCUUGGGAACAGGAUCUGCAAUUCCAAUGAAAAUCCGGAAUGUCAGUUCCACGCUGGUAAAUACCAGCUCCACCCGAUCCCUGCUCUUAGACUGUGGAGAAGGAACGUUUGGACAGCUCUGUCGCCAUUAUGGAGAGCAAGUUGACCAAGUGCUGUGCAACAUAGUUGCUGUGUUUGUGUCUCACAUGCACACGGAUCAUCACUCGGGCUUGUUGAACAUCCUGAUGGAGAGGCGGAGAGCUUUUGCAGCCCUUGGUCAGGCUUUCAGGCCUCUGUUUCUGGUAGCACCUGAACAGAUCAUGCCUUGGCUAUAUGAGUACCACAACCACUGUGAAGAGAUUCUUGGAGACAUCAAAAUGAUUACUUCCCAGUCUCUUGUGAAAGGCUGUGAGAACAUCAAACCUAAAGCCAAAUGGUUUGUCAGUUCUCUGUUGGAGAACUACGACUUGGCUGAGUUUCAGACAUGUGAAGUCCAGCACUGUAAAAAUGCUUUUGCAUGUUCAAUGGUCCACAAAUCUGGCUGGAAAGUAGUCUAUUCUGGUGACACAAUGCCCUGCAUGGCCUUAGUACGAAUGGGGAAGAAUGCUACCCUGCUGAUCCAUGAAGCAACGCUGGAAGAUGGCAUGGAAAAAGAAGCGAUAGAGAAGACACACAGCACAACCUCCCAGGCGAUUCAGACUGGGAUGAAGAUGAAUGCAGAGUUCAUCAUGCUCAAUCACUUCAGUCAGAGAUACGCCAAGAUCCCGCUGUUCAGUGAAGACUGCAGCGAGAAGGUUGGAAUUGCGUUUGAUCAUAUGAGGGUACGUUUUGGUGACUUUCAGACCAUCCCGAAGCUGAUCCCACCUCUGAAGGCUUUGUUUGCAGAUGACAUAGUAGAAAUGGAGGAGCGGAAGGAGAGACGGGAGAUGCGCCUUCUGAAGGAGACUGCUCUCGUCUUGGACAAACUGCACGGUGGUGAGAACAAGGAAGCACCGUGCCAGAAACGGAAACAAGCCAAGAACCAUCAGGAACUACCCAACAAGAAGCUUAAAACCGUAAACUGAAAGAAACUUCAA